AUGAUGAAAAGAAUGAAGAAACAUGUGUUUGGAAUCAACAUUAACUUGUCAUCUACAAAAUUUAAGCGAAAUCGAAGCAGGAACAGGAUACAUGUGAGGAGAAGCACAAGGCAAUAUCGUCAUCAUACUAUUGCUGUGGACGGCGGGAUCCACCUAGUCUUUCGUCUUCUUCAAGAUUUGAAAGAAAACAAGCAAAUGGUGUACGCCAUCUGA